GCCGUCUUGAUACUGACUGGGCUGCUCCUUGUGUCCAGUGGGUGUCGAUGAAAAGGUGGAGGCAAGCAGAAACACGCAGCGGCGGAGAAAGACACCGCCGAUCCCAGCAGGCGGGCGGGCAAGGAAAAGGGAGAGACACCGGCAAGCGCGUCGUCCCCAAUGGGCCAAUGGCUCAGUUUUUGCAACUUCACCACCUGCUGCCGUUUUGAAGCGCGACAUGUCAAACUGCGGUGGUCGCUAGCGACGGAUGUUAUGCAUGCACACGAGGCCAGAAGGACAUGACCUAGGCUCAUUGUGUUGUCGAGAAGGAAACGCGGUGGACCGUGGCCGGGUAGGCAGGCACACGCCAAAUGUGUUGCGAUACCCGCGAGCCUCGUACGUGCGUGCUAUGGUGCUCUUUCAUCAGACGGGUAUGUCCCCAUCCUUUUUGGGGGCCGUCUGGAAAGUCACUUGCUGCAACGCCUCAUGCUCAGCAUCCGAGAAGAGACGACAGUGCACUUGCUCGCUCCGCUGCUCACACUGGCAGGGGGGUCGAAGGACCGGGGUCCGCGUGUGCCUGGUGCUUGUGCAGACGAUCGCUUUUGUUCAUGGGGGAGAGC